AUGAUUACACCUGGAUCAUUGGACCCAUGUCUACAGAGGUUCACUCAAGAAGAUGAUACUAACCAGUUUCACAAACCUGCAAUACUUUUACAAUUGCAAGGAUGGAAUACAUCAAAUGAUAGAGUAAUUAUGUAUCUAUCCGAUGGUCUACACUAUGUAAUGGCAACAUUCAACGACUCAUACCCCAAGGAUGAGAUUGACUUGCUCCAGUCAGAGUUUGAGUUAAUGAAACAAGAUGAACAACAAUGGGUCAUGGUCAGACUAAGAAAGUUCCAGUUCGCCUACAAUGGACACUUGGUAAUCUAUGAGUUGGACAUUGUCGGACAGUGCGCAAACAUUCCCGCACGAAAAAUGCAUCCAAUGGUCGUAGCACUCUCAAGUCAACUGCCAUCCAGGAAAUACAAUCGGGUUGGAGACUCUACGAUCACUCUAUUGUGCAAUUGUUUUCAAACUACAAUUAGUCCACUCAACAACAUAGUGGAGGAGCUAUCAAAGUACAUUAACAAUAACUUCUUUCACAAUGCCAAACAACUUUGUGAUGCUAUCGACUCAACAACAACAACAUAUUAA